GCUCACACGCUUCUUCUAAAAAGAAAAAAGAAAAGAGACAGAGAGAGACAGCUCGCACGCGCGAGCUUCAGUGCGCCGAGCCGCCGCCGCCCGCCGGUGACCCCCCUCUGUUCCCACGCUCCCCGGCCAUCCCCGCCUCCUUCGUCCCUCCCCCGCUCGCCUGCUCGGCCGUCUCCGAUCUCAUUGGCUCGCCUGCUCGCCUGCUCCAGUCGGGCGCGGCCGCGCCGGCUCUGCUCCGGCCUCUCCCGGUCUCCCCCGCGCAACUGCCGCCCAGGUCCAGGCCAGGAUUUUCCGACGACCGCCUCAGCCUGCCGAUCUGCCGAGGUUUCUUUUUGGGAGCAUGGGCCUGCUCCAAUCCUGGCUCCGCCACUGUCUUGCCCCUCUCUUCAACUUAUGCAGUCUAGCAGCUAGUUACAUCCCCUGCAGUUCUUCCAGGAUGGAGACGGAUAAUAUAAGAAGUGAACUAGAAGCCCUAGAGCUCGUGUUUAAUGAUGCAAGUUCAGAGCCGAUGAAACUAUCCUAUGGACUUUUGAGAUCUAUUACGAACAAUUUUUCUAGUGAAAUUGGUUGUGGUGGGUUUGGAGUUGUUUACAUGGGACAUCUGGGAAAUGGGAAGGUUGCUGUGAAGAAGUUUUCCAAUCCACAUGCUUUGCCUGAUAAGCAAUUCUUGGGUGAGAUCACAUGCUUAAAAAAGACAAAGCACAAGAAUAUAGUAAGAUUUAUAGGCUAUUGUUCAGAAACAUAUGAGGAAUUGCUUGUAUUCGAUGGAGAAAAUGUAAUGGCAGAGGUACAGAAAAAGUUGCUCUGCUUUGAGUAUGUUCCUAAUGGAGACGUUCGACAUUAUCUUCACCAAGGGAAUCCUCAUGGAGAUGACUGGUCCGUACGCUACCAAAUGAUUAGAGGAAUUUGUCAUGGGUUGCACUAUCUUCAUGAUAAUUAAGCAGAUUAACCAUCUUGACCUGAAACCUGAAAAUAUUAUGUUGGAUGCUAAUAUGGAACCAAAAAUUACAGAUUUUGGUUUGUCAAGAUUCUUAGAUCAAGGACAAUCCAAAAUGGUUGCGAAGCACAUAGUUGGAACACCGCGAUAUAUUGCACCAGAAAUCAUAGAUAAAGGAGAAAUAUCAUUCAAGUCAGACAUGUAUGCUUUGGACAUUGUUAUCAUAGAACUAUUAACCGGGACCAGUAUGAUAAGUCUUGACAAUUGGGAUGAAAUGUUAGACGUGGACUGCCCUCGAAUGAGGAUGUGCAUCGGGAUAGCACGAAAAUGCAUGGAUGCUGACAAAGAUAAGAGACCUACCAUAUGUCGAGUAAUCCACGAGCUGGGCGACCUGGAG